AUGAAUGGCCAGUGGCUUGGCAGCAGAAGCAUCCGAACAAAUUGGGCGACACGUAAACCACCACCUCCAAAAUCCGAAGCAAACGCUAAGCCAUUAACCUUUGACGAGGUGUACAAUCAGAGCAGUCCAACUAACUGCACAGUUUACUGUGGUGGUUUAACAAAUGGCCUUACAGAGGAGCUGAUGCAGAAAACCUUCUCACCAUUUGGCUCUAUUCAAGAAAUUCGGGUCUUCAAGGAUAAAGGUUACGCUUUUGUAAGAUUCUCCACGAAAGAAUCAGCAACACACGCAAUCGUUGCGGUUCACAACGCGGAUAUCAACGGGCAGACUGUUAAGUGCACGGCUGCGGCUGCGGCUGCCGCUGCCGCCGCGGGUGUGGGAAGUGUCGGGAACGUUGGUGGUGUAGGAGGCACAGGUCAACUGGGGUAUUGGUAUCCACCACAAUCUUAUCCGACAACGGCGGCAACUCAGAUGCAAGCCGGUGGGUUCCUCCAGGGUAUGCAGGGCUACACUUACGGUCAAUUUGCUGGUUAUCAACAGGCUCAGUACAUGGGAAUGGGGAUGGGCGUACAUGCGGCAGGUACUGCACCUGGAUGGGGCCAAGGUUUACCUGGUGGACCUCAACUACCACCUCAUCACGCUACAACAGUGACGGCACCCCCAGGAGUUCAGGCUGCACCUCAACCUCAACCUCCACCCGCACAAAUGAUGGCCUAUCCUAUGCAACAAUUCCAGGUAAAUCAAUUCGUUAUUUCAUAA